AUGGCAGACCUAGAAAUAGGGGAGAAGGCAAGCCCUCAAGUAAAUGGCGCCGAAAGAUCCGACUCAGAAUGCAGCCCAGUGGAAGAAGGAAGCCUGUCGCCUCAGGUAGAGAAAAGGAUGAUGCGUAAGGUUGAUAUCAAUCUGAUGAUUCCGCUAUGGAUCCUUUUCGUGUUUGGAUUUCUCGAUCGCAUCAACCUUGGAAAUGUCGCCGUCUUAGGGAUAAUGGAUGAAUUGAAACUCAAGGGGAAUGAUUUCAACAUUGCCGUACAGGUAUUUUUCGUGCCGUACGUCCUGAUGGACAUCCCGAGCAAUAUUUUACUGAAGAAAUUUGCCCCGUCCACUUGGAUCAGUAUGCUCACCUUCUUGUGGGGCGUUUCGUCCAUGUGUCAAGGCUUUGUCAGGAACAAUGGCGAUCUUAUUGUUUGUCGCUUUUUCAUCGGUGUCUUCGAAGCGGGCUUUGUCCCUGGUUGUGCAUACUUAAUGGCCACAUACUACAAGCGCCAUGAGUUCCAGAAACGACUUUCUCUCUUUUGGGUAGCAGGCUUGCUCGCAGGCGCCUUUGGAGGCCUUUUAGCAUAUGCUAUUGAUCAUAUGGAAGGGCUAGGAGGAUAUUCUGGCUGGAGAUGGAUUUUCAUCCUGGAGGGGCUCUUUUCGAUCGUUCUUGCAGGCCCUGCAAAGUUCUUUAUUGCCGACUGGCCGGAGCAGGCAAAGUUCUUGACCAGUGAAGAAAAGAAGAUGAUGCACACUCGCAGCAGUCAAGAUGUUGGAGGAGCCCGCAUGGAUAGGCUUGACAUCACUGCAUGGAAAAGGAUCCUGACCGAUUGGAAACUUUAUGUCGGUACAUUCAUUUAUAUCAACAUUACCGUAUCUGGGUAUGCUACUGCCCUCUUCAUUCCAACAAUUGUGAAGUCACUUGGGUAUUCUGGGAUUCAAAGCCAGAUCCAUAGUAUUCCGGUAUGGCUUGUGACUGCUUUCAUCACCCUCGCUGUUUCGUACCUGGCUGACCGCCUGAAACACCGGUUGGGAUUUAUCGUCUUUGGGGUUAUCUUUGGGAGUAUUGGAUAUAUUAUCCUUCUUUAUCAAGGCCCCGUCGGCGGCGGACUGUCCGACGGUGUUCGAUAUAUGGCCGUCUUUUUCGUCAGUGUAGGGUGCUAUAUUGUGCAACCCGUGACUAUCGUUUGGUUUGCGAAUAACCUGGGGGGCCAUUAUAAACGAGCCAUUGGUUUGGCAAUCCAGAUAGGGGUCGGAAACUUGGGUGGCCUGAUUGCAAGCAACAUUUUUGUUCCGAAAGAUGCACCACGGUACUUUGUUGGAUAUGGUGUUUGUUUGGCUACUCUUAUUAUGUGCGGCAUUGCCAGCAUUGUCCUCGCACUUGGACUCCUGCGUGAAAAUAGGCUGAGAGAGCAAGGUAAGCGUGACGACAGGCUUCAGCUGGAUGAGAGCAUCUUGGGAAAUAUGGGCGAUGACGAUCCCCGGUUCCGGUUCACGAUCUAG